AUGGAUGCUGAUACGUUUUUAGGUCGAGACAAACUACGUGUUGCAACAUCCAGUGAGCUGGUCCCUGGAUCAUCGACAAGCUCCGUGCUAUGCAUUCCCAGACUUCGCUUUUGGCUCCUCGAUGAACAGUUGCUUACUGGGACACAACCACAACCCCGAGAUUCCUUAUUAUGGUCCUUUGCCUCCCUGGCUGCCGUCGACGCCGCAUCCAUCUACGCCGCAUCCGUCUACCGACCCGUUUCAUCAGCACUACAACCUACUGCCGCGCUACGGCAGCCAAGCUUUUCCCAGAAAAGCAGCCAGCAUCGUCAUCGCAGCCCGCGAAACGCCAUCGCGUAUCAAAAGCAGCGCUAUGAGACGGGGGUCACGUCGUGGCAACUAGUAUUCACACGAAAGCAACUCGUCUACCAGCUCACGCUCCUCAGGCCACAUCGAGUCGCCUGUCAGCUCGAAUUUCACGUCGCGACGGAGCUCGCGGCCUGGGAGCUCAAGCGCCUGGGACCCAUCACAAUCGAUAAGCGGGCACCCCCAAAGGCACCCAUAGAACCCGCCAGCUUCCGACGUCGACAGGCCAACAGAACCGGGUAUGAUGGGCGGAGGGGCGUCGCGAGCGCCGACACGCCGCUGUGGUCUCACUCGAGACGAUGGACGAGCGGCGAGAAGAAGGAGCUCAUGGCAUACCAGAAGAUGCGGCAAAACAUUCACUACAUCGGUGCGGAUGGCUCGCCGUUUGUGCCGCAGAAUGCUGCCGAGCUGGCCGCUCUCAAGAUCACCAUGGCGGAGGAGCGGCAGAGGAUCAUUGCGGUCAAGGUAGAGCGUCUGACAGCGGAGCUAUCUAACAAGUAA